CUUUUUCACUCUUUCUGCAUUCAUUUUCUUCGAAAUAUACUAACAAUUUCCACUUCUAUUCCUAUUUUUACCGUUUCUUUCCCAUGUCAUUCAGCCAGCAAAGGCCGAUAAUCGGCGGCCAACCGGUCGAAAACCACGACUACCCGUUCGCCGUCUACCUCAGCAUAGAGACGCAGCCGAGUUGGCACGCAGUCUGCGGCGGCACGCUGCUUUCGCCCAAGCACAUCGUCACCGCUGGACAUUGCCUCUACCACGCACCCUCCGCGCAAUCAAUCAAAGUCGGCUACGGCCACACACACACGAACAAGCAAAUAACCACCAAACCAUUGAAAUACACCAUUCAUCCGCUUUUUAACCCGCGAACGCUUUUCAACGAUAUCGCCAUAAUCGAACUGGCCGAGCCCAUCAAGUCAACGGAGGUGGCCCACCGGAUUCCGGUGUACUUUGGCCCUGUUGAACCGGGUCUCACGGUGACCACGAUGGGCUGGGGCAUUACGUCUAAUAACCCUGGGGCCAAGACCGUCCCGAUAAUGCACCGCGUUGACCUCACGGUUGCGCCUACCAACAAGUGCAUGAAUGUCGAUGGAACGUUCACAUCGAGCAACGGGCCAUUCAUAUGCACUGGCACAAUGCCCGGCGGCAGAGACGAGUGCAAUGGCGAUAGCGGGUCGCCUGCGGUGGUGACGUUUGAUAAUGGGAGGGCGCUGCGGAAGGGUGUGCGGAUGAGGGCGGGGUUGCGUGCGGGGAUGGGCGGCGAUGUGCGGCUGGUCGCGUUGACUUCAUAUGGAGAUAAUAUCAAUCAUGAUGUGAGGCCCGCAUGCGGGGAUCCUAAUGGAUUUGGGUUUAGCACGCAUAUUGGCCAUUACGAGGCAUUUUUGACUAACGUUACAGGGAUGACUAGACAGCAGCUUGAACAGCCUGUGAUUCUAGACCGACAGGUAAAGUGACUAAGUUUUUGAUUUUUUUUUUUGCAGGAGGGGAGGUUACUGAGGCGCAUUGUUUUUUGUAAAGAUGAGAUAAUUGUCAUUUGUAACUACUACGAUUCUUUUUUAUAUUUGUUUUGAUUUUGUUGUGAU